CUCUUUCGACCAAACAUUCGAUUCCCAGUUACGAAACACGAUAUCAAAACAAACGAGGAAAAAAAAUCAUUCAAACGGAGGACGCGCGCUUUCUCGUUCAUUAGUUUCAUGUCUGAUGCAGUUGCAAUUUAUCCGUGUAAAUUCAUGUUACGCAUAAAUUCAAUUCAGUUAUUCAUAAAGUACGAAUUUGUUCAAUUAUUCUGUACAAUAUGGAGGACUACUUGAAACAGUACUACGAUGAAGAAAUCACAAAUCUGUUAAAUAACCCCGAUGACAUGGUUUACGUUUCGAUUAAUGUCAAUCUAGCCCACCUUCAGCGAAAGCAACCUGCCUUGUACAAUUCAUUACUUCGGAACUAUCGCUCGGAAUGGAUCAAAUGGAACACCUGCCUGCUGAACGCUCAGAAGUCCCUCGUGGAAGGGAACAUGUUCCUCGAGCCCGGCUUCCAAAUCAAGCAAAACUGCCACGUUCGGUUCGUCAACAUGCCCCAAACGGUGGCCGAGGCCGUUCGGAAGGUGGCAUUCCCCAACAACGACAACGUCGGUCAGUUUGUGCAGGUCAAGGGCAGCGUGAUCCGAAUGACCCAGGCAAGGUUUCUGGAGUUCAAGAAGGAGUAUACUUGUAGCAGAUGUAAGAAUGAUUUCACACUGGAAGCGCAGUACGAGAAGAGCUAUGUCUUUGACCCGCCUCGUGCUUGUCCGCUAGCUGGUGAAACUGGUUGCAAGGGAACUCCGCAUCAGAAGAGUGCCCAACCUCAGCCGGAUCACUGCCGGGAUUAUCAGGAAAUACGCAUCCAGGAGAUUAUGAGCGAACGAAACGUCCCGGCCUCGUUGUUGGUAACGCUGGAGAAUGACUUGGUGGACAAUUGCCAGCCCGGGGAUUGCGUGACCGUGGUGGGAAUCAUAGAGCGCCGUUGGAGUCCGCUGGUUCAAGGGAAGCGAACGGAGGUGACCAUAGCUAUGAAUGCCAACAGCGUUUCCAAGGACGAGAACAAGAUGAACCUGGGGAAGGAUCUGCCGGAGCAUUUGGUGUUUGUGCGAGGGGAAUGGCAGAAUACGGUCAAGGAGAUCGGGGAACUGGCUGCGAGGGACAUGCUUGUGCAGUCAUUCUGCCCCGAGAUCCACGGGAUGUAUCCGGUGAAGCUGGCGGUUGCUCUUUCACUCGCAAGCUGUACGGAGAGAUUCCUCGGUAGUGGGGCAAGCGUGCGAGGACACUCCCAUCUACUGUUGGUCGGAGAUCCAGGACUGGCCAAGUCACGGCUGCUGAAGUUCGCUUCGGAAGUUUCGGUACGAUCGGUUUUCACCACCGGAAUGGGAUGUUCCGCUGCAGGGUUGACGGCAGCGGCCGUGAAAGAGGACGGCGAGUGGCAACUGGAGGCCGGGGCGUUGGUCCUUGCAGACGGUGGAGUCUGCUGCAUCGAUGAGUUCAAUCUGAUGCGUGAAUCGGACAAGGCAUCGAUCCACGAGGCGAUGGAACAGCAAACGAUCAGCAUGGCAAAGGCCGGACUGGUCUGCAAGUUAAGUACCAGGUGCGUCGUCCUGGCCGCAACCAAUCCCAAGAAUUUACUAUCCAUGGUCGAGAUGGAGGCCAACAGUAGUGCCAGCCUGGGCAUUGGGGGUCCGCUGCUGAGUCGGUUCGAUUUGGUGCUGAUUUUGACAGACGAUCGGAACGAGCACUGGGAUGAGCGGGUGGCCAAUCACAUCCUGGCGCUCUCGGUUGUGGACGAGACAAGGGACAAGUUUGAGGAAACUACUCCGGACGGGCACUGGGAUUUGGAACGUCUGCAGACGCACUUUCUGGCGAUCAAGGACAUUCACCCGCGGAUUACGGACGACGCCAAUACCAUUUUGGGGGCGUACUACAAACUAUGUCGCUCGGAUCCGUCACGUGACCCGUCGAGAACCACCGUGCGAUUGCUGGACAGUUUGGUCCGCCUCUCGCAGGCCCAUGCUCGUCUGCUGUUCCGAGAUGAGGUCAACCCGGUGGAUGCAAUCACCGUCAUCCGGUUGAUGGAAUCGACUUGGGGCUUUGGAAAGGUUUUACAGCCCACCGAUUUGAUACGCAAAGGACUUCCCAUAGGUCCAACUCCGCAGGAGAUUGCUGAACUUCUUGAACAACUACUUCUGUCUGAUGUAGUGAAAGAUAUUCAGCUGGAACAGGUCAAUAAAGGUCGUGUCGAACGGUAUCAGCAGGAAUUGGCGAAGAAGAAGAAGGAAGCUACGCCCGCAAAUAAAUGGGAAUCUUUGUCGACGCAAAGAAUAAUCGAGUUCGACGAGAGAGUCCUCAGUGCGUUGGAGAACAAUCAAAGUGAGAGCAGUAAGCAAAAGGAAGUUAUUGAAGAGCCUAAUUCUGAAGAGCCGAAGCAAAAACCAAUUGAAGAAAGAGAACUCUAUUCGAAAUACUCAUUUACGCAAAUGCGUAAGAACAACGUGAAGAAGCUACGUAAGGAAAGUUCGGAGAAGACUGUGGACCCCAAGCCACCCGAACCUGCAAAGAAAUCAAAAACGAAAAAACCUUUCCCCGAACCAGAUCCAAAACUAAAAGAAAACAUGAACAAUGAUCAGUUGGAUCGCAUCUUCAGCAGCAUACGCCAAAACUUCAUGUCCGAGCUGAGUGGUGCAACUCAACAAACGAAAACUAACGAAGGCUCUCAAGAAUGCGUUACGCGAAGCAGCCAGAUCGAUACCAAUUUUCCGCCAGCCAGCGGAAGAUCUAGGGUGUCCCGCGAGGAGUCCUUCCGCACCAUGCUGGACGUAAGUGGCUUGCUGGAUGACGAUCCUCCGGAAGAGCGUCAACCGGUCAAUCCCAAAACAACCAAUUCUAGCAUGAGUGUGUUUGAGAAUUUGGAUUCGAGUACAACGCCGGUGCAAUCCAUUGACAAUCCAACGCAUUCUCUACUGACAAAACCGCUGGUGAAUACCUCAGAUGACGAAUCUCGAUUCCGUCUCAAACGGCCUCGAAACGAGAUCAAACCAGCCUCCCACAAUGAGUCGACGUCGUCCACGGUAUCACGUUUCCAGUUCAAGCGACCAGCGCCAAACAGCACGCCUUGCAGUCCUAAACCUAGCAACUCGACGACAUCGUCAGCAGACGAUGAAUCCCGGUAUCGUUUGAAACGACCUGCGCCCAAAACUCAAACCAAUGCGUCCAACAAACCGACCACACCGAACCCGAUGCUGGUCAGCCAGCUCAGUUUCGACAUGUCCUUCGAUACGGAGGCUCUCGCUCUGGAAGAAGCACCGCAACAGCCCAAGCCGAAGCCAUCACUAUCCGAGCAAACCUUGAACAAAAUGCGGGUCUUUGAGUUUAACCGGGGUCCGGAUGACGGUGCUUCAAAUUCCAAAGCUGAUCCGGAAGAGAAGAAGCAGCGUGAUGAUAGCGCAUACGAAUCGCAGCCGGCAUCGUCGUCGUCCGCGUCCACAUCCGGUUCAGGUAGGUACUGGAAGCGAGACUUGAAGUUGCCGGAACUGAGUCACGUGGCCACUCUCGGUGGAUCUGGUGACGUGGAUGCUGAACUGGCGCUGCUCGAGUCGGUUGAUUUCUAGGUAAGGCUUUCUUAAUAUCUUUAUAACCAUCUGUGAUGACUCUUAAUCUUAGACUGUUGAAAAUAAAGCAGUUUACUAAUUGUAA